UACAAACACACUACACCCCACACCUUUCGCCCUUCCUCCUGGACCAAGAAGGUAUACAUAACCAGACAGUCGCCCUCACACUUCAGCAAUACGCAACCCGUCACAGCAGAGCCUAGCGACAUCUACCACAGCUAGACAGGCUUCCACAACCCCAAUCAAACAAGCACAUCCCCUAUAUUCGCAACUAUGUCUUACGAAUCCACCCUCGCUCACCUUGAAGAACACGGCCAAGGCCAUCUCUUGGCGUUCUACCAUCAACUCCCCGAGGACCAGCAAUCCUCCCUCUUGAACCAGAUCAAGAGCAUCGAUAUCCCCCGUGUCAAUCGAAUCUUCCAGACCGCCAUCAAGGCCGACAAGGAUGCUGCCGAGGACGAAUCGAAAGAGACGCUCGAACCCCUCCCUUCGUCCGACACGGCUUCUACCACCGACCCGAAGGUUGCAGAGUCGUCUGUUCCCAAGUGGAAAGAGACGGGUAUGAAGGCUAUCAGGGAGGGCAAAGUCGGGAUCAUCCUCAUGGCAGGGGGACAGGGGACCCGGCUCGGUUCGUCUGCCCCAAAAGGUUGUUACGAUAUCGGUCUGCCCAGCGGCAAGACGUUGUUCAGGAUGCAAGGGGAGAGGAUCAAGAAGCUCGACCAGCUUGCCGGAGGCGAGAAGGGACUGGUGUGGUAUGUGAUGACGAGCGGGCCGACUAGGAAGGAGACGGAGAAGUACUUUAGGGACAGUGGGUUCUUCGGGUUGGACGCCGAGAACGUCGUAUUUUUCGAUCAAGGUGUUCUUCCGGCUUUGACGAACGACGGCAAGAUCUUUUUGCAAGACCGCUCCUCCGUAGCCGUCGCACCUGAUGGCAACGGAGGUCUUUACGCCGCCUUGCGUCAACCCCUUCCCGAUCUCCCCGGCAACAUGAGCGUAUUACAACACAUGCAAUCUCGAGGGAUUCAACACGUCCACGCCUACUGUGUCGACAACUGUCUCGUCCGAGUGGCCGAUCCCGUCUUUCUCGGCUACUCGAUCGAGAAGCAGGCAGAGACGGGUGCCAAGGUCGUCAAGAAGCGUCAUGCUACCGAGAGCGUCGGCGUCUUGGCCAAGAGGAACGGCAAGUACGGGGUCGUCGAGUACUCGGAGAUGGGAGAGAAGGAAGCAUCGAUGAAGGACCCUGAACACCCGGACGAGCUCGCCUUCCGCGCUGCCAACAUCGCCAACCACUACUUUACGCUCGAGUUUUUGCAAAAGAUGGAAGCGCUCGAGCAGAAGAUGACCUUCCACAUCGCCCGGAAAAAAAUCGCACACGUCGAUACCACCUCGGGUGAGGCCGUCAAACCGAGCCAACCGAACGGGAUGAAGCUCGAAUUGUUCGUAUUCGACGUCUUCCCCUUUACCGAGCGCCUGGCCGUCCUCGAGGUCCCUCGGUCGGAAGAGUUCAGCCCGCUCAAGAACGCUCCUGGGUCCGCUUCGGAUUGCCCAGAGACGAGCCGGAAGGACAUCCUGGCUCAACACGCUGGUUGGUUGAAGAACGCCGGGUGCGAGGUCGAGGAGGGGUGCGAGGUGGAAAUCGACCCAAAGGUCAGUUAUGCGGGAGAGGGGUUGGAGGCGUUCAAGGGCAAGAAGGUCGGAAAGUCGGUGAUCAUCGACAGCGUCGACCUCGCCGACAAGCUCUAGUUUGCAAUGGCGACGCACACAGGACGAGGACCAUCACUCGACCCAUCCCCGCCCCCUCAACGGCAAAUCAUGGCUUCUGCACUUUCCGUUUCCGCUAUAUUCACGACCCAUACAGCAUGUAUCAUUCUCUUCACAUGUCGGUCCGCUUCGCU